CUCCGGAUGAUGUUUUGCGAGCGCGUUUGUAGGGAAGCAGCUGUGCUUUGAUAAAAUAUAAGGAAAUUCAUAUCAUACGUUCAUAUUUAAUAAAAUGGAAGACCAAGAAAUGCAACUGAAAGUUAAAAGAGUGACUGAUAAAUUCACAGAGAGUAUGUAUGUGUUGGCCAAUGAACCGUCGAUAGCGCUUUAUAGGUUGCAAGAACACGUCAGGAGAUCCCUGCCAGAGCUCGUGCAACACAAGACAGACAUGCAGAGCUGGGAGGAACAAAGUCAAGGAGCAAUCUACACUGUUGAAUAUGCAUGCAGUGCGGUUAAAAGCAUGACGAAUAGUAGUCUCUAUUUCAAGAACAUUGACGGUCUGCUCCGGCAAGCUAUUUCACUCAAAGAACAGAUCAGCAGCUCGCAGGGACGGAGUGCUGUGAAUCCUGCAAAUAAUCCAAACGAUACACCCACACACACUUCAGUCACACCACCUUGACUCAUGGAAAUCUUUCUCCAAGGAAAAGAGCAUUGGACCCUGGCAUGUUAAAGGAUGGAGGAGAAAAGCACAGCUCUGGGAUAUAAACUGAUGAAGACCUGGAUGAAUCCAUAUACACUUAGUGCCAUCACUGUAAAAUAUUAGUGCUACUGUAAAAUAUUACCAUCCAUUUCCACAUCCAAGUUAAAAAAAAAAUAAAAAGGCAAUUCUGAGUUUAAAAUGAGGAAUAAAUACAUAAAGCUAUAAAGUCACAACUGCCGUUUUACAGCGGUGUUUUAGUGACGCAUAAAAAAAACCCAAGAUUACGAGUUGUAAUGUUCCGAGAAUAAAGUCGGAAUGUUUCGAAAAGUUGAAAUAUUACGAGAAUAAUGUUGAAAUAACGAGAAUAGUUUUGAAAUAAUGAGAAUAAUUUUGAAAUUGUGUGAAUAAAGUCGGAAUGUUCCGAGAAUAAAGUCGGAAUAUGACGAGAAUAAUGUCGAAAUAAUGAGAAUAAUUUUGAAAUUACACAAGUAAUGUUGAAAUGUUCUGAGAAUAAUGGUGAAAUGUUUUAAGAAGUUGAAAUAUUAUUAGAAUAAAGUUGGAAUGUUUUGAGAAGUUGAAAUAUUAUUAGAAUAAAAUCGGAAUGUUUCAAAAAUAAGGUCGGAAUGUUUUGAGAAGCACAAAUAUAAUAAUGUUAAGUCGAAAUAAUAUGAAAAAUGGCGAAAUGAAGAAGUCAGAAUUUUUAGAGAAUUAAUUUGUAGCAAUUACGAGAUUAAAGUUAUAUUUUGAGAGUAUAUUUUUAAAAUAAUUUGACUUUAUUCUCAUAAUAUUUCGACUAUUCUUGAAAUAUUAAGAUUUUAAUCUUGUAAUUUUACGUUUUUUUCACUAAAAUGCCAUCGUACAACUGGGAGUUGAAACAACAAGAAUACAUUGCACUUAUGAGAUUUAAUCUCACGUUACGCAUUAUAAAGUUUGAAAGAUUUAAAGUCAAAUUGUAAGAUGUACAGUCACAACUGGGAGAUAUAAAGUGACUGCAAAGAAAAUACUGCAAUUGCAAGAUUUAAUGUAACUUUUGUAACAUGAAGUUACAUUAUAAUAUUUAAAUACACAAUUAUGAAAUGUAAUGUUUCAACUGGGGAAAACGUUGCAAAAUAUAAAGUCACCUUAUGACAUAGUCACAAUUAGCAUAUAAAGGAAAAUAUUGCCAAGGUUCACAUUAUGAGAUAUAAAUUCAAAGUCACAAUUGCAAGAUAUAAAGUCAUGAUUGCCACUUUUUUCUUUUCUGAGGCAGAAGUGGGAUUUCUUACUAAAGAAUCAUUAGUAAAAAAUGAAAUCUUUUGGUAUAAAACAUGUAAGGAUGGACAUGUGAUAUUUAUAAGCUGCUUUCAGUGUUUUGGUUACAAUUUGUUCACAUUUUGCACGUUAUUUUUCAUUUGGUUUACAGAGGACAAUGUAACUAUGUUCUGUAAAUGUGUAUAUACUGAUUAAAGUUUUUAAGUAGCUAUAACUCAUGACAUGA